AAAAAACACGGCAAGCUCAUCACCUUCCUUCGUACAUUCAUGAAGUCGCGGCCAACGAAGCAGAAGCUGAAGCAGCGAGGGAUCCUGAAGGAAAGGGUGUUUGGCUGUGACCUGGGAGAGCAUCUUCUCAACUCUGGCCAUGAUGUCCCCCAGGUGCUCAAGAGCUGCACUGAGUUCAUUGAGAAGCAUGGCAUUGUGGAUGGCAUCUAUCGCCUCUCCGGCAUCGCCUCCAACAUCCAGAAGCUCCGCCACGAGUUUGACUCAGAGCAGAUUCCUGACUUGACAAAGGAUAUUUACAUCCAAGACAUCCACUGUGUGGGCUCCCUCUGCAAACUGUACUUCCGUGAACUCCCCAACCCUCUUCUCACCUAUCAGCUCUACGAGAAGUUCUCAGAUGCUGUUUCUGCUGCUACAGAUGAAGAACGGUUGGUUAAAAUCCAUGAUGUCAUCCAGCAGCUGCCCCCUCCUCACUACAGGACACUGGAGUUCCUAAUGAGACAUUUAGCUCGUCUAGCUGAUUACUGCUCCAUCACAAAUAUGCACACCAAGAACUUGGCCAUAGUCUGGGCUCCAAACCUCCUAAGGUCCAAGCAGAUCGAGUCCGCCUGCUUCAGUGGCACAGCCGCCUUCAUGGAGGUGCGGAUCCAGUCCGUGGUGGUGGAGUUCAUCCUCAACCACGUGGAUGUCCUCUUCAGCUCCAAACUCAGCUCGGUCAUCCGGGAGGGAGCAGGGCACAGUUCUUUAUCCAGACCCAAGUCUCUGCUGGUGUCCUCCCCUUCCACCAAGCUGCUGACGCUGGAGGAGGCGCAGGCACGGACACAAGCCCAGAUCAACUCUCCCAUCGUGGCAGACAGCAAGUACAUAGAAGUGGGAGAAGGCCCUGCAGCUUUACAGGGGAAAUUCCACACGGUCAUAGACUUCCCAUCUGAAAGAAAAAGACCCCCCAGCAAGAUGAAGAAGUCCCCCGUGGGCAGCUGGCGUUCCUUCUUCAACCUGGGGAAAUCCUCCUCCGUGUCCAAGCGCAAGCUCCAGCGCAACCCCAGCGAGCCCUCGGAGAUGAAAGCCAUAGCCCUGGCAGGUGGACGAGGAGACAGCGGGACCCUUCGCUCGGCUAAGAGUGAGGAAUCCCUGACCUCCCUGCAUGCUGUGGAUGGGGAAUCCAAACUGUUCCGGCCCAGGAGGCCCAGGUCCAGCAGCGACGCGCUGUCGGCCUCCUUCAACGGGGAGCUCCUGGGAAACAUGAACCGCUGCAACUCCUACGACAACCUCCCCCACGACAACGACAGCGAGGGGGACGAGGGGCUCAUCCACGUCCCCGCCCUCAUCUCCCCUCGGUCCGCCGAAGACGUCGACCUGAGCCCCCCGGAUAUCGGGGUCGCCAGCCUGGAUUUUGACCCCAUGUCCUUUCAGUGCAGCCCGCCCCAGGCGGAGUCCGAGUGCCUGGACAGCAGCACCUCCCUGCUGGAGUCGGUGGGCUUAAAUAAGGAGAAGCCAAGCCUGCUAAAGAAGGACGUGGAAUCAGGCAGCCAGUCCCAGACGCCGGGCAGUGCCACGAGCUCUGAGCCGGUCUCCCCUUUCCAAGAGAAGAUGAGUCCCUUCUUUACUCUGGACCUGAGCCCAACUGAAGAGCAGGCCUGCAACACCCACACCUUCUCACCCAAGCUGGGACGAAAGCCCAUCAAAUCUCCCCCCCUGAGCACAGCAGAACCUGCCUCCUUCGCCCUGCCCAGCCGCGUCUCGGAGACCGUCGCAGGAGGGCCCGUCGCAUCCAGAAACUCCUCUGCUUCCAGCUGGAGCAAAGGGAUUGCCAUCACUGACACCACAAACAGGUCCCCAACCCAGAUGUCCUUACCCCUGAAAAACAGUGAAACGGGAGCAGGGGAAGGAGCCCACCACGAGCUACAGCACGCCCAGCUAGUGGCUGCUGGCAAGCCAGAGUUGCCAGAAGAAGGGGAGAGACCAAUGUCAAGCAGUCAGAAUAAGACUGUACCCACUGGACACGCACAGCCAGGAGCAGUUGCCCUCGACUCCCCCCAGGAUCCUGUUCCCGUCAGUUCUGUGUCUCUUAUCCCUCCUCCUCCUCCGAAAAACGCAGCGCGCAUGCUAGCCCUAGCGUUAGCCGAGUCCGCCCAGCAAGCCUCCGCUCAGUCUCAGAAAAGGCCAGGAGAGGCUCACUCUGAAAGCACAAAUUAUGGAGAGGCUGAAGCUGGCACAGCUCUAGAAAAGCUCCAUCUCUCUGCUGGUGCUCCAGACAAGCUCCACCUCUAUACGGGUCUGCCCGAGAACCGACUUCACUUCCCGACCGGAGCACCAGCAGAGCAGGAUUUCCAAGGUAGCGGCGCACCCGGGGAGCAGAACCACCCUCCAGGUGCACCUGGGAGCCGGGACCCCCCACCUCUCCACACUGACGGGCCCGAUAGCAGAGACGCAGAGCAGGAGCAGUCCAGCUUCCAUCCCGGUAAAGCGGGGGACAAAGAUCCCUUCCCUUCCCAGGCGGGGCCCUGGGAGCACACGCAGCACCCCGCGGCGGGCGCUCUGCCCGACUGGGA